AUGCAGUACUCCAAUGACCGGAAUGCGUGGGCCAACGCCGCUGGAUUUGAUCUGCUAGAUCGAAUCCAGAUGCUACAGGAUGACACCAAGGCCAGAUUGCAGUACUAUGAUGACACUAAGGCCAGAUUGCAGUACUAUGAGAAGCUGACCAAAGAGACUGGGAAUCAAAUCAGAGGUUCUGUACUAGACACUUGGUCAAAAACAUAUACCGAACCGUCGAAGCGUCAAGCGAGAAACAAUCUUGCCCAUGGAGGGGCCGUGCUCCUUGACUACGACGUUAUAACCCACCAACCUAACAAAGAUAUUCAAGAGCGCUGGAAAAAGGCAUUCAAGGAGUACUACGCUGUUAGCUUACAGAUGUGCAGAGAGCGUUUCCGGGGAACGUUCACCGAGGAUUCUACUAUUGAAGUCCUCAACCAACGGGCUAACGUGAUGGCUAUGGAUAAAUGGAGGGACGAGUACUACGAGGGCCAAGAUCUCGUUAAUAUGCGUCAAGCUCGAGAUCAGAUUCUUGACCUCUGCAACGAGUGGAUCGUUGAAUGGAAACACCAGCCAGCACUGAUUCCCUCAAUCACUCUUCUCGAUCAACUCCACUCUCUGGAUUCUCUGGUCGGUUAG